AGGGACUGAAACCCAAGUGAGGAGAUGCAGAGAACGGCGGGUGCUGGGCAGAAGUGAAGUCGGAGCGCAAAGCCGGUCGGAAAAAUUGCAUUGUACUACACCAGACAACGUAGAGAGGAUAGAUAUCACCAAAAGAUCCUGAAGAUCACCCAAAGAUCAAUUACAUGAAAGUGGCAAGACAUCGAGUUCCUUCACAAUUUUGUUCAACACAGAGAAGAUUGGGAGUGAAACCAUCAAGUCGAAAUCAGUCAGGUCAGAGGAGCUUUGAUGUAUCAUCAGAUCUGAAACUGGUCAGUGGUGUAGAGACUUCUAUCAGCACCAGUCUUUCUGAAGAUUAGGUGGUGAGGCUUUGGAUGAGACUGGCAAGAAGUGUGAGUUGCUUCAAGUGUGGUGACAGCUUCAAUCAUUUAUUGAUCCUCAUGAACCAGUGACUCAAUCCUACAGGUGAAAAGUUGUUCAAGUGUUAUAUUUGGUAGGAAGUUCAUAUAAUCUCCUACUACACAAGGUGUAAUUUUGUAAAAUUGUUCACAGAGGGAAUGUCACCUGGGAAAAAAACCAUUCAAGUGUGAAGUGGUUGCGAUGUCCUCUAUGCUAGUGACUCUGGCUCAGUGACGCUGGAGAGAAAAUGUCACCCGUCAGGCACAAUUCACAGGCUCCAUAAAACAUCGAACAGUUCACACAAGGGCGAAAGCAUUCACUUGCAAGGUAUGUGAAAAAUCGUUCUCAUGGUCAGCAGAUUUCUGUCAACACCAAAGCAUUCACACAAGGGGAAAAACACUCAUGCAUGAGUUAUGUGGCAAAUCAUUUUCUGACUCAUCAAGACUCUUGAUCUACCAGAGGAUUCACAUGGGGGAGAAACCAUUCACGUGCGAGGUGUGCAACAAAACAUUCUCGGAGCCAUCAAACCUCCGCCGACACCAACGAAUUCACAUAAGGGAGAAACCUCACAAGUGUAAGGAAUGCAACAAAUCAUUCUCAGAGCCGUCAAAACUUCAAACACACCAACGGGUUCACACAGGGGAGAAACCAUUCACAUGUGAGAUGUGUGACACAUCAUUCUCAGACUGUUCAAGCUUCCGCAGACACCAACGUAUUCACACAGGGGAGAAACCAUUUACAUGUGGGGUGUGUGACAAAGCCUUCUCACAUUCGUGGAGCUUCCGCAAACACCAACAGAUUCACACAGGGGAGAAACCAUUCACCUGUGGGGUGUGUGACAAAUCAUUCUUGCAACGUUCAGACCUCCGGAUACACCAGCGCAUCCACACAGGGGAGAAACCAUUCAUGUGUGAGUGGUGCGACAAAUCAUUCUGUAACUCAUCAAGACUCUUGAUCCAUCAACGGAUUCACACGAGGGAGAAACCGUUCAUGUGCGAGGUGUGUGAUAAAACAUUCUUAGAGUCAUCAAAGCUUCAAAGACACCAGCGAAUUCACACAGGGGAGAAACCUCACAAGUGUAAGGAAUGCAACAAGUCCUUCUCAGAGCCGUCAAAACUUCAAAUACACCACCGGGUUCACACAGGGGAGAAACCAUUCACAUGUGAGAUGUGUGACACAUCAUUCUCAGACUGUUCAAACCUCCGCAGACACCAACGUAUUCACACAGGGGAGAAACCAUUCACAUGUGAGGUUUGUGGCAAAGCCUUCUCACGUUCAUGGAGCUUCCGCUUACACCAUCAAAUUCACACAGGGGAGAAACCAUUCACCUGUGGGGUGUGUGACAAAUCAUUCUUGCAACCUUCAGACCUCCGGAUACACCAGCGCAUCCACACAGGGGAGAAACCAUUCACGUGUGAGUGGUGCGACAAAUCAUUCUGUGACUCAUCAAGACUCUUGAUCCAUCAACGGAUUCACACGAGGGAGAAACCGUUCAUGUGCAAGGUGUGUGAUAAAGCGUUUUCAGAGUCAUCAAAGCUGCAAAGACAUCAACUCACUCACACAGGGGAGAAAUCUCACAAGUGUAAGGAAUGCAACAAGUCAUUCUCAGAGUCAUCAAAACUUCAAACACACCAACAAAUUCACACAGGGGAGAAAUCAUUCAGGUGAUAUGUUAUAUCAUUCUCAAAUACAUAAACCCUCCAUGUACACCAACAAAUUCACACAGAGGAUAGGACAUUCACGUGUGAGGUAUGUGAUAAAUUAUUCCCCAAAUCGUUGCAACGCUACAGCCAACUAUGCAUUCACACAGGAGAGAAACCAUUUAAGUAUGAGGAUUGUGAUAAACUGUUCAUCAAAUCUCCUGCUUCAUCAGGUUUCACAAAGGGAGGAACUCUUCAAAUGGGAGGUUUGCAAUAAAAGUAUUGUGACUUCCUCAAACCUCCUGACACAUGAGAGGAUUCAGAAAGUAACAAGCUCUUCAGAUAUGAUUAUACGACAGAGCUUUCAUCCACACCUCCAGCCUAAGCUGCAGAGGACUCUCACUGGUUCAACCAAGAUAAUGAGUCCACAAGGGACACCAUUUCCUGGAACAUGUGAACAACAAGGAUAUCCACAUCAGACUUGUGCUCAUUGACCACAACUCCACCUUCAACACCAUUAUCCCUUCCACACUGAUCUCAAAACUCUGAGACCUAGAUCUCGACUCUGCCCUCUGUACCUGGAUCCUCAGCUUUCUCACCCACAGAUCGCAACCAGUGAAGAUAGACAACUGCACCUCCUCCACAAUAACACUCAACACUGUUGCUCCCCCAAGGAUGUUUUCAGCCCUCUGCUGUACUCCCUGUACACUCAUGACUGUUGCCAAAUUCUGAACAUGUUUACUGAUGACAUACAGUGGUAGGACAGAUAUCAAACAAUGACGAGACAGAAUACACAAAGGAGGUAGGGGGUUGGUGACAUGGUGCAAAUGACAACAACGUCUCUCUCAAUGCCGGCAAAACUAAAAAACUCCCCCAUUGAAUUGGGGAAGAAAGGAGGAGAUCAUGCCCCCAUCGACAUCAGUGGAGUGGGGGUGGAGAGCAUCAAAUUCCUCGGAAUGAUGUUAACCCAACAACCUGUUCUAGACCUCCCACGCAGAUCCAAUGGUCAAGAGGCUCAACUUCCUCCUCUUCCUCAGGCGCCUCAGAAAAUUUUAUACGUCCAGAAGGAUCCUCACCAGCUUUUACAAAUGCACCAUAGAAAGCAUGCUGUCGGGAUGCAUAAUGGCCAGGUAUGGCAACUGGUCAGCUUAGGACUGUAAGAAAUGCAGAAUGCUGUGUGCAAGCCCAGACCAUCACAAAGGCAACCUUUCAUGCAUGGACUCCAUUUCCUUGGCUCGCUAGUGCGGAAAGGCUGCCAAUAUCAUAACCGACCCAUCAUUCAGUGUCAAGGAGCGAACGACUCUGCUCUUUAAAGAGGAGAGGAGACUGACUUUUGUUGGUGUCUUUGCAUUAAGGAGGAGGUUAUUUUGUUUAUUGAGAUUGUUUGCUUGUUAAAAAAAAUCAUCCCGCCCACCCCAUAAUGCUCUCCUACAACCUCUUCUGUUGAGCAGAAGAUACAGAAACUUGAAAAAACACACCUGGAGGUUGGAGAACAGCUUCUUCCUGGCUGUUAUUAGACUAAAUGGACUGUUUAACUUCAAACAAUGCUGAACUUGUUAAUGUUGAUCUUGCCUAGCACACAAACUGUGCAGUGCAACCUGUAUGAUUCUGUCCAGGUUUUUUUUCACUCCAUGAUUGCUAUGUUCCUCGCAGACUAUGCUCUGCCUGUACUGCUUGUA